AUGUCAUCCCGGCGUGAAGGUGGGUCUGCGUCUGCGUUUAAAGUCUCACUGUCUAAUUUGGGCGUCGACCUGGAGACGGUGGGAGGUGUCACUUAUCCCCAUCAUGUGUUUGGCCACAAUAUGGUGUUGAGGCCUGUUGGGCGGCCAGAGAUACUGCUCCCGGGCGCUUACGGCGAGGUCUACGUGGAGCCAGGCAAAGAGUACUCGGUACAAUCUGUCUCCAUGCCUUGA